UUGACUAGGCCUUUACAGCCUUCGAAGACUUGUUAUCAGACAACGGUGUACAAACCAACCAGCCUCGAAUAUACUGUCGACUACUAUCAGGGACCGCACGUCUAUCUGCCUACAUUUUUCAGAGCCGAGUGUCCUACACUCCAGCGGACAAUAUGUGGAGUUGGUUUGGAGGGGCCGGAGCCCAGGCGCGCAAAGAUGCCCCAAAGAAUGCCAUUCUCAAGUUACGGCAACAAUUGGACAUGUUACAGAAAAGAGAGAAGCAUUUAGAAAACCAGAUGGCAGAACAAGAUGCUAUUGCCAGGAAAAAUGUUACCACGAACAAGACGGCCGCCAAAUCUGCUCUUCGACGGAAGAAGCUGCAUGAACGAACUCUUGAACAGACUUCAGCGCAAAUCGCACAGAUCGAACAGCAAAUAUACUCUAUUGAGGCCGCCAACAUCAACCAGGAAACCCUGAAUGCAAUGAAGAAUGCUGGUGCAGCAAUGAAACAGAUCCAUGGCAAUCUGACGAUAGAUAAAGUGGACCAGACGAUGGAUGAACUGCGUGAACAACAUGCACUUGGGGAAGAAAUUGCCAGUGCGAUCACGAACGCACCUAUUGGCGAGCCACUUGAUGAGGCUGAUCUUGAGGAGGAACUGGAAGGUUUGGAGCAAGAGGCAAUGGACGAAAGAAUGUUAAAGACUGGUCCUACACCUGUUGGAGGCGAAGUCAGCCGGCUGCCCAGUGUAUCCAAUGCUCCGCUCAAACAAACAACUCAAGAAGAGGACGAGGAGGAAGAAUUGAAACGAAUGCAGGCGGAGCUUGCGCUGUAGAAGGCAGCAUUGAUUUCUCCGGCGCAGUGAACAUUGGACUUCUCUUCGUGGGAACCCCGGUCUAUUGAUUCAUGCAAUUCAUCAACCCUCGGCAACAAGGGACUUGUCGAGGACCGAAUGAAGAAUUACUUACGCAAAUGGCCUUGCUGAGGGAAUUUACGAUUCAUAUUUUGC